AUGUUGUAUGGAAGAAGAUUUAUAUUGCAUACCGACCAUAAGCCUUUACUGACUAUUUUCGGUAGAAAAACAGGCAUUGCUAUACAUCAAGCUAAUCGUCUUCAAAGAUGGGCAAUUCAGCUUUUAGCAUACGAUUUUGAAAUAAGAUUCAUUUCAACAAACAGUUUUGGUUAUGCAGAUGUAUUAUCUCGACUUAAAAACAACAACGAAAAUAUUUCUGAAAAUUACGUUGUAGCAUCAGUCAAAUUAGAAAGAAAUGUCAAUUCAAUUAUAAGUAACACCAUAAAUACUUUACCAGUAACACAUAAAAUGAUCACAUAUGAAACAGCAAAAGAUCCAAUUCUAAAACAAAUAAUAUAUUAUAUUACAAAUGGUUGGCCUAACAAAACAAUGAAUAAUAGAGAAUUACAAGCAUUUUUACACAGGAAAAAUAAGUUAUCAUUAAUAAAUGAAUGUGUUGUGUACGGUAAACGUAUUGUUAUUCCACAAGUCUACAAAAAACGUGUACUUAAACAAUUACAUCGUGGUCAUCCAGGUAUUGAGCGUACCUAG